GCGAAGGCUUUCUUCCGCCUUGAGGAGAGAAUAGGAUGCCUUAUUGAAGGUGGCGGAGUGAUGGGUCGAUGGUGGCGAUCCUGUCAGGUGUUGCUGCGACCGUGUCAGAAGUUAGAAGUUGCUUGGUUGAGUUUCGAUCAAUGCGCCGCGACAACGCUUCCUUGUUUGAUCCUGCUGGUCUUUUUUGCCACACUGAAAUGGGUCACUAGUGUCAAUUCUGAAGACUGAGGUCAGCAUUGUGGUUCGAAGCCUUGACUGGGUGAUUAUCGAUCUCGUCGAAAGGAAUUUGGCGAUAGAUGAGGAUGAAUGGGCACAUGGGAUGGUCUCUGGACACAAUCCCAUUCAACUUCCCCCUUGCUCUCAGUCUGAACAUGGGAUUUCAUGGAAUAUUGGAUUGUUUGGGAGUCUUGGCCACCCAUGUCACAUUGCGGUGUUUCGACCACAUGUCGUUCACCUCUCCGUUUGAGGAAGCCAAGAAUCUCCAAAUUGGUGGAUUCAUGCGACCGCCAUCCGCAGGCGUUGUCAUUGUCAAGGUGUCACGACCUUCACUCAGAAUGUGCAUUGCCAUUCAGCUCCUGUUCGAUAACUUCAAAGUGUGUCGGAUGAGCUGACGAGGUCUCUGGACAACUCUGCACCGCCCCUCGGUUUGGCCGAUGGCUGACUAUUGGAUUGCCACUGACUUGCCACCACUGAGGGGAAAUAAUUCUAACAGUAUAGGUCAGCGUGGGAGAAGGCUAGGAGGGAUCAACGCUGCUGAAUCGCACUGAAGAAGGGAGGUAUGGGUGGUUGGUUGGGGUCGUUG